AUGGAUAUGCAACCUAUGUAUGCUUGUGAGCUAAUGGGGCAUAUGGAAAAUUUUCUAGUGGUACUUAGUGAUAAAUUAGGCACCAAGAGUUCCAAUGGCUUCUUUGUAAAGUGGGGAUUUGGACAGCCGUUACAAAUUUUCAUUUCUUUCCCACUCUUUGUACUUUCUAUUCUCUUCCUUCAAGACCGUCGCAUAAUCUAUAAGCUAAGGCAUGGGGAGCAUCUACUGAAGUCUAGAAGGCCUCUUCACAAACCCACAGAACCUAGAAGAAGUUGCAGGAGAAGGAGCAAGUGCAAGCCAGAGAAAUCACAAGAAACAGAACUUGAUCGCCAGCUUGCUUCCUCUGCCACCUGCAAGAGUCUUGUGUUUCAUCAAAGACCUGGCUAUGGGCAACUUGGGACCAAGUGUCUCGUCAAAGCUAACCACUUUCUUGCUGAUAUAUCAGUAUCUGACUUGAGCCAUUACAAUGUUAAAAUAACACCUGAAGUCAUCUCUCGUAAAACAAACAAGGCUAUCAUAUCAGAGUUGGUGAGGGUUUACAGGAAUACUGACUUAGCCACGAGGCUCCCUGUGUAUGACGGAGGAAGAAACCUUUACACUGCAGGUUUGCUUCCUUUUACAUACAAAGAGUUUAAUGUAACAUUGAGUGAGGACGAUGAUGCCACGGGUGGUACCAGGGAAAGAGAGUUUAAGGUGCUAAUCAAGUUUGCAACUCAUGUUAGCAUGCAUCAGCUACGUGAGCUUCUAAGUGGAAAGCAAGUGGACAAUCCACAGGAAGCUCUAACCGUCUUUGAUAUUGUGUUAAGGGAGCUUGCGGCUCAGAGUUACGUGUCAAUUGGGAGGUUUCUUUAUUCUCCGGAUGUAAGAAAACCACAGCAGUUGGGUGGUGGCCUUGAAUCGUGGAGGGGCUUCUACCAGAGUAUAAGGCCUACUCAAAUGGGAUUGUCACUUAACAUAGAUAUGUCAUCAAUGGCUUUUAUUGAACCACUACCUGUGAUUGACUUUGUUGCUCAAAUUUUGGGAAAAGAUGUGCACUCAAAGCCAUUGUCGGAUGCGGAUCGUGUCAAGAUAAAAAAGGCCCUAAGAGGUGUAAAAGUUGAAGUUACACAUAGAGGAAAUUUUCGAAGAAAGUAUAGAAUAUCAGGACUGACUUCACAACCUACAAGGGAGCUUAUUUUCCCACUCGAUGAACAAAUGAAUAUGAAAUCAGUAGUUGAUUAUUUUCAAGAAAUGUAUGGAUUUACAAUCAAAUAUUCUCAUCUACCUUGCCUUCAAGUAGGAAGCCAACGGAAGGUGAACUAUUUGCCCAUGGAGGCAUGCAAAAUAGUUGGGGGCCAGAGAUAUACGAAAGGGCUAAAUGAAAAGCAGAUUACUUCUCUGCUGAAGGUCUCAUGCCAGAGACCCCGGGAACAAGAGGCAGACAUUUUACAGACAAUGCAACAAAACAAUUACGACAAUAAUCCGUAUGCAAAAGAGUUUGGCAUCAGCAUAGACAACAAGCUUGCAUCCGUGGAGGCUCGGGUUCUUCCACCACCUUGGUUGAAAUAUCACGACACUGGAAGAGAGAAAGAAUACUUGCCACAAGUUGGUCAGUGGAACAUGAUGAACAAGAAAGUAAUAAAUGGAAGUACUGUAAGAUAUUGGGCAUGUAUCAAUUUCUCUCGAAGUGUACAGGAAAGUACAGCUCGUGGAUUUUGCCAACAGUUAGUUCAGAUGUGCCAAAUCUCAGUCAUGGAAUUCAGUCAGGACCCUGUGAUUCCUAUAUAUUCCACAAGACCAGAUCAGGUAAAGAAAGCUUUGAAGUAUGUACAUUCUGCUGCUAUGGAUAAGCUUGGCGGGAAAGAGCUAGAGUUGUUGAUUGCCAUUCUUCCAGACAAUAAUGGCUCUCUAUAUGGUGAUCUCAAAAGAAUUUGCGAAACAGAUCUGGGGUUGAUUUCUCAAUGCUGCCUUACAAAACAUGUAUUCAAGAUCAAUAGACAAUACCUAGCAAAUGUGGCACUGAAAAUCAAUGUCAAGAUGGGAGGAAGAAACACAGUACUGUUGGAUGCUUUAAGUUGGAGGAUUCCACUGGUUAGUGAUAUUCCAACGAUAAUAUUUGGAGCUGAUGUAACUCAUCCAGAAUCAGGAGAGGAUUCUUGUCCAUCCAUUGCUGCUGUUGUAGCUUCCCAGGACUGGCCUGAAGUAACAAAGUAUGCAGGAUUGGUUUGUGCUCAGCCUCAUCGAGAAGAACUUAUUCAAGAUCUUUUCAGAUCUUGGAAAGAUCCACAAAGGGGUGUAAUUUAUGGUGGUAUGAUCAGGGAGCUUUUACUAUCAUUUAAGAAGGCAACGGGACAAAAACCAUUGAGAAUAAUCUUUUACAGGGAUGGGGUAAGUGAAGGACAGUUCUACCAGGUUUUGCUAUAUGAGCUUGAUGCCAUCCGCAAGGCUUGUGCAUCUUUGGAACCUAGUUACCAACCACCAGUAACAUUUGUAGUUGUUCAAAAACGGCAUCACACUAGACUCUUUGCAAACAAUCACGACGACAGAAAUAGCAUUGAUAAGAGUGGGAAUAUCUUACCUGGUACUGUGGUAGAUUCUAAGAUCUGUCAUCCUUCUGAAUUCGACUUCUACUUAUGUAGUCAUGCGGGAAUUCAGGGUACAAGUAGACCAGCACACUAUCAUGUCCUCUGGGACGAGAACAAUUUCACUGCAGAUGAGAUUCAGUCUCUAACCAACAAUUUAUGCUACACCUAUGCAAGAUGUACACGGUCUGUUUCUGUAGUGCCUCCAGCAUACUAUGCUCAUCUAGCAGCCUACAGGGCUCGAUUCUACAUGGAACCUGAUGUUGUUGAGAUUACUAAACUGCGAGGUACAAGAUCUAAAGAAGGGCCAGUUCGGCCACUGCCUGCUCUGAAAGAGAAGGUGAAGAAUGUUAUGUUUUACUGUUGA